GAAUGCUAGAAGGAAUAGCAACUGGUUACACAAUGCUACCUCAAGACUGGAAAGACCUGAUGCGCAUGCUUUUAUCCCCAGCUCAGUAUGUGGUGUUUGAGAGUGAAUUUAAACAUAGUGCAUCAGCCCUGUCUGAUCCGCAGCAUACAGCCAAUCAACUUUAUGGCGCGGGUCA